CUAACCUGAUAGAAAAAAAAAAAAAAUCAAGUUAGAGUUGCAAUCAUAUUUUCUUAUACUUUGGUAUGUAAAACGGAGCACUUGUCUAAGGGAAAGUGGUGAUGAACACAUACUGCUCUUUGCCUGCCUGCACUCAGAAACAUCAUAGCAGAAUAUGACCAAAUAUACCACUUUGAAGGCAUGAUGUUCUCUAUUGGUCAUAAUGGCUCUGUUUUAUCUCAGAAACAGAACUGGAGAUUCCCUCCUUCCUGCCCCCAAGCUGUAGAAAGGUCAGUCUCAAGGAUUUUGCCAGUAGAGUCUUCAACACAGGCAAUUAGUUCUUUAGUAAGUUGGAGAUUGCUUAUUGGUUUUAAGAAAGAUGUAAUGAAAUUUGGUGAAUAUAUUGGAAAACUUGAGAAAUGCAUAGAAAUGAUAUUAUUAGCUAUUUACCUUGAGGUAGCACCUGCAGGUCCUUCAAAAUGCUGUUUCUUCCCUGUGUGAGGCACUUCAUACCACUCCAAAUUCUAUUCAAUUCAAACUAAUAGUAAUGGAUGGAAGAUCAACACAGUCAACAGGGAGAGCUAGCAGUAGGGUAAUUAUCAUACCAAGCAGAGGCUGUAACAUAUAAGCUUCUUAAUUACUGACUGAUUUUGUAGACAAAGUGGUACUUACUGUAGGAGGAGUAAAAAAUUAGUGCUUUAGGGAAGCUCUUGUGCAACAUGAAAGAAGCAACAAGUUACAGGAGAAAAAAAAAGUUGGACUGAUGUGUGGGAGAAGUCUUGCUGAAGGAUUGCCCAGACAGAUAUUUUCAGGCGGAUAACAUCAUGUCUUUGCCUCGGAUGGGUGAAGGUAUGACCUUGCAACACCUACAUACAGCAGCUAUAGCAGUAAUUGGUAAGAUGACAGCCCUAUUCAAAUGACACAAAGCUCUUUUUCACAUUUCUUCUACUGCCAAGACAGCCUGAAAAUUGGGAAACUGCAGCCACAGCUCUGGAAUCCUCAGUGAUGCUCCAUAGUUGCCAGAAGCACUAAACUCUUCCAUGUCUGUCACUGGGUUCUGUCCACCGCUGACCCAUCCGCAGAGGCACACAAAACCAAUUUCUCUCCUGGUUUCUAUUGGGUUGAUGAAAUUCCAAGUGUGAAAUUCCAGUUCACAACAGACUCUGCUAAAAAGACUGUCGCUCUCCUUUUUACAGCUCCCCUUCAGAUACUGAAAGGCCGCUCUCAGAUCUCCCUACAGCCGCCUCUUCUCCAGACAGAACAGCCCCAGCUCUCUCAGCCUGUCCUUAUAGGAGAAACAUUCCAUCCCUUGGAUCAUUUUUGUGGCCCUGCUCUUGAUGCUCUCCCACAGGUCCGUGUCUGUCCCGUGCUGAGGAUAGCACAUGUGGGAGCAGUACUCCAGCUGAGGUCUCACAGUGCAGAGCAGAGGGGCAGGAUAACAUAUGACUAGAGAAUGGGAAGAAGCUAAGAAGUGGCAUUAAUAGCCUGGCAAACAAUGAGAUUGGUCAGCAUUACGAUACACCGCAAAGGGUCUGAAAAGGAAAGACAAAUUACACGUGUCGAAGUUAAUGAUGGUUUUUGCACUACCGCUCGAAACAGAGAGGUGAACGCAGACAUUCCGACAAGGCCAGGGAACGCACAGCGCAGACACAGCCCGCUUGUAUGAUGGCCCCCCGAGUUGCACGGCGCAGGCUCCGACAUGGCGCUUCCCGCACCGCCCGGCCCGGGACCGAGCGCGGCCAGCAGCGGAGCUGGGGGGGCAGCGCCUCGCAGAGCCGCGGCUGUGCUGACCGACUGCCUGUACCGGCCGGGGCAAAAUUAAGCUGCUUCUGUAGAGCUGUCGUACUUUACAGGAAUUUAUAAUAAAUUCCCGCCUGCUUCCCCUACGUGCAUCAAAGCGGUCUUUUCGCUUCCAAAGGGAUCUUCAGCGGGCCGGAGGUGCAGCACAAGCGCUGACGGGCACCGCCGCUGCCGUCGGCUCGCCGGGAACCGGAAUUCAUCGCGACCGGGCUGCCGAAAGGCUGCCGAAAGGCGCCCCGCAGCGCCGCCACGGCGGGAGCGGCCGUCAGCUCAGCUCAGCUCCUCGCGCGGGCGGUGCCGGGGCCGGCCGGCCUCCCUCCUACUCCCGCCCUCACACACGCGGAGCGGAGCUGCGGCAGGCCCGCACGGCUCGCUCCCCGCGCCUCCUCCCUCUUUCCCCGCUGCGCCCGGCCCGGCCUCCCGCUCCCGCGUGCGGUGUUUCAGGGGUUUUCAGAGUGCCUGCUUUGAUUUCAUUUGCCAUGCAGAAGGUCUCAGGAGCCAUCUAGAAGCCUUGUCCUCACUGGUGCUAUCCAGUCAAGGCUCUGUAUGUUUAAGAAGAUAUGGGAAGAAUAUGGAAAUGCUGGUGAAUUACUUCUCUUGGAUACAAUUACCUUACUUUUAAAGGAGGAUUUUAUUUGAGGACAAACUGAAAUUCAGGCUUCCUGCUUGAAGGCCUUGAUGUUUGGAUUCUACUGACAGAGAGGUGGUGGCUGAAGCUGCCAGUGAAGAGUCUGCUCCACCAGAGGUGCACAGUCCUUGGAGUGGUGAACAGGCCAUGUAUUGAUAUUGCUUUUAAGCAAACAAGGAAGUAAGCCAUUCUUGCUUCUCAGGGCUUUCUAUUCUGCACUGUGCCUUAAACAUGGAAACUGUAGAAAUGAAUAACAUAUCCUUGAAACGUCCUCAUUCUGAGGAUGAUGCGGCUAAUGCGGAUGAAAUUAAAAGACAGAAGAUUUCAGAGAACUCUAAGACAGGAAGCAACUCUGAACAGAGUGUUCAGACUGUAAUAGAACAACCUGACAAGUCUAUGCUUGAGGACACAAAAAAUGAAAUAAUUCCCAAUGAGGAAGGUGAGGAGCAGGAAGAUGAGGAACUAGAGGACAGUGAUGAAGAUGGAGAUCCGGAGAGCUUUGCAGACAUGAUGAAGCAUGGACUGACAGAAAGCGAUGUUGGCAUAACUAAAUUUGUUAGCUGUCACAAAGGAUUUUCUGGAAUCUUAAAGGAGAGGUACUCAGACUUCGUUGUUCACGAAAUAGGCAAAGAUGGACGUGUGAGCCAUUUGGAUGACUUCACUGUUCCAGUGGAUGAUGAGGAUCCAUCAGAAGAAACAUUCACUGUUUUAUCAGAUGAAGACAAGAAGCGUUUAGAGGAGCUCCAGCUUCUAAAGAAUAAGGAAACUAGUGUGGCCAUAGAGGUCAUUGAAGACACUAAAGAAAAAAGAACAGUUAUCCACCAAGCUGUUAAGUCCUUGUUUCCUGGGCUGGAGACUAAAACAGAAGAUCGAGAUGGAAAAAAAUACAUUAUUGCCUAUCAUGCUGCUGGGAAAAAAGCACUGGCAAAUCCAAGAAAACACUCUUGGCCAAAAUCCAGGGGAAGCUACUGCCAUUUUGUACUGUACAAGGAGAACAAGGAUACUAUGGAUGCCAUUAACGUCCUAUCAAAAUUUUUAAGAGUGAAGCCAAACAUAUUUUCUUACAUGGGAACUAAAGAUAAAAGGGCUAUAACAGUUCAAGAAAUUGCUGUUCUUAGAAUCACUGCACAAAGACUUGCUCAUUUGAAUAAAUGCUUGAUGAACUUUAAAUUAGGAAAUUUCAGUUAUAAGAAUCAUCCAUUGAAAUUAGGAGAACUGCAAGGGAACCAUUUCACUGUUGUUCUCAGAAAUAUAACAGGAACUGAUGACCAGAUAGAGCAAGCAAUGAACUCUCUCAGGGAAAUUGGAUUCAUUAACUACUAUGGAAUGCAAAGAUUUGGAACCACAGCUGUUCCUACAUAUCAAAUUGGCAGAGCUAUUCUACAGAACAACUGGAAUGAAGUAAUGGAUUUGAUACUAAAACCACGACCAGGAGCUGAGAAGGGAUACUUAGUAAAAUGCAGAGAAGAAUGGGCAAAGACAAAAGAUCCAGCGGCAGCUCUCAAAAAACUACCUGUAAAAAGGUGCGUGGAAGGACAGCUUCUACGCGGACUGUUAAAGUAUGGAAUGAAGAACAUAAUCUCUGCAUUUGGCAUAAUACCAAGGAAUAAUCGUUUAAUGUAUAUUCAUAGCUACCAGAGUUACGUGUGGAACAACAUGGUGAGCAAGAGAAUAGAAGAAUAUGGGCUUAAAGCUGUACCAGGAGAUCUCACACUUAAAGGAGCCACAGCUGUACACAUUGAAGAAGGAGAUGUUCAUAACUACACCAUUCAUGAUGUAGUGAUGCCAUUACCUGGAUUUGAUGUUAUUUAUCCAAAGCAUAAAAUUGGAGAAGCCUACAAGGAAAUGCUAGUAGCUGACAAUCUUGACAUCAACAACAUGAGGCAUAAAAUCAGAGACUAUUCACUUUCUGGAGCAUACAGAAAGAUUAUCAUUCGACCUCAGAAUGUCAGUUGGGAAGUCGUUGCAUAUGAUGAUCCUAGAAUCCCAUUAUUUACUACGGAUUUGGAUAAGCUGGAAGGAAAACCUUUACCAGUUCUUCCUACAGAUGGUAAAUUCCGGGCACUGAAGAUGGAGUUCUCCCUUCCUCCAUCCACUUAUGCUACUAUGGCAAUUCGAGAAGUUUUGAAAAUGGACACAAGCAUAAAAAACCAAACGCAGCUGAAUACUACCUGGUUACGCUGAGUGAACUGCUAGCACGGCCUAGAUUUUAACAUGCACAGAGUUUUUUCCUACUUACGUUCUGUACAAAUCUUUAAAGGGUGAUAGUAAGAGAUUUGUAUUUUUUUAAGUUUUUAUUAGUGCAUUUAAAUUAAGUAGUUAUUAGGAAGAUGCUGGUUGUAAUGUAAUACAAGCCUUAGUGACUGGUGCUUUUUAAUGAAUGGACCGUGAGGUUGCUUGAGCUGUGUUGCUGCAUCUCUGAGAAGCAGGCUUAUAGCUUCUGACCUGGACAGAUGUUCAUCUUGCUCUUUUUCAGUGAGCAGUGGAUGUUUUGAUCAAUUCAGCACACCUUGAAGUCUCUGUAUGAAGUUACAGAUUUGGGAAAAUUAGAGCUGAAUGAAGGUACUGGUGGCUGUUUGCUUCCAGGAAGCUGCUGCGGUCAGCCAGGCUGUGGCUACGUCACCAGGCACAGCUGUUUUAAUUAGCCAAGGUCUUCUCCUGGGGAAAAUGUGUGUAUUUCCAGCUUUGGCACAACCCGUGCCAAGAAAAGGCGCUGGGAAUGCGUUCACCAAAAAGAAUGGCGUGUCAGUCCGUAGUGCCUCGCUGUGUCCCUGCCUGAGCCAGGCAGCUGCUGGGAGGCAGAACGAGGCUGUUGUACAGCGGCAGCUACGCUGCAUUUUCAACGAUUCUAAACCAAAUCGGGAAUUCGUGCCGCUUGUGUGAAUAAAAUCCCAUGAACGGAA